GUCAACAUUCAAUGAGUCAAAGGAAGAUCAAGAUCCGAUCCUCCGGAGCUUCUCGCAUCAAGCGCACUCUCUGUAAAAGCAACCCUUACAUUUCACUUCACUCGCUUUCGCAAAUCGCAAUAAAUACCUCAAUUGGCUUCCCAAAUAUCUCGUGAACCGUCCACGUGUCACUCCGAGAUUUGCAAACUCUCUCAGUUCAACGUACAGUCUCCCUUCCCAGUUCCCACUCAUCUUCCUCCUCCAUCCGCCACGUUACGUUGCCAUUGCUACACUCUCUCCUCCUCCUCCUCCUCCUUCUUCCUCUUCUUCUUCUUCUUCUUCUUCUUCUUCUUAUAUUCCAAUCUGAUCAAGCUCUUUACUGUUUCUAUUGAAUCCGUUUACCGGCUGCUCCUGUAAUGGCCAGGUGUCUGGUUGUGCCUCUAGCAGCUACAGCACCAUCCCAGCAAUAUUCUUUGUUCCCAAAUUUCCCUUUACAUUCCCAUUCCUUUCCAUCCAAAACCCUUUCCUUUGCCCUUCACAACUCUUCUAAUUGUUAUACCCACUAUACUCUAACUUCACUUUAUCGCCGCCUAUCUCCUGUUGCCGCUCUAGACUCCGACGUUCCUCACUCUCUUCACCAGGGAUCAGCGAAUGUGAAACGCGGUAAGACCUUUGAACAAUGGGAUUCGUGGACAGCGAAAUUUGCCGGAGCAGCAAAUAUCCCAUUUUUGUUACUUCAAAUGCCUCAGAUCAUCCUCAACGCACAAAAUCUAAUGGCUGGAAAUAAAAUUGCCCUUUUGGCUGUACCAUGGCUGGGGAUGCUUACUGGGUUGCUUGGAAAUCUUUCAUUGCUUUCCUACUUUGUGAAAAAGAAGGAAACUGAGGUGAUCGUGGUGCAAACGCUGGGAGUGAUUUCCAUUUAUAUAGUUCUUACUCAGCUUGCAAUGGCAGAGGCUAUGCCUCUGCCCCACUUUGUGGCCACUUCAGUGAUUGUGGCAACUGGGCUGGUGUUGAAUUUCUUCAAUUACCUCGGAAAGCUUAAUGCUGGAAUAUGGCGUUUUUGGGAAGAUAUUAUAACUGUGGGUGGACUCUCAGCUCUUCCACAGGUCAUGUGGUCUACUUUUGUCCCAUAUAUACCAAGCACUAUCUUGCCUGGGGCAAUAGCAUUUGUCAUAGCUGUAACAGCUGUUAUAAUGGCACGAACAGGGAAGCUUUCAGAGAAAGGUGUUAAAUUUGUUGGAGGAAUAUCUGGAUGGACGGCAACUCUUCUUUUCAUGUGGAUGCCAGUUUCACAGAUGUGGACAAAUUUCCUGAAUCCUGAGAACAUCAAAGGCUUAUCAGCCUUCUCAAUGCUGCUUGCUAUGAUUGGAAAUGGACUUAUGAUCCCACGUGCACUCUUAAUUCGCGAUUUUAUGUGGUUCACCGGGUCGACCUGGGCUGCACUCUUUUAUGGGUAUGGGAAUAUUUUAUGCAUGUACUGUUUCAACAGUAUCAGCAGGGAAUUCUUUCUUGCAGCAACAGCUCUUUUGGUUUCAUGGAUAGGAAUGGCUCUGUGGAGAGACACUGUAGUAUACGGAUACAACUCACCUCUGAAAUGCUUGAGAGAGUUGGCUUUUGGCUCAACUUGAAGUUCAAUGAGAUGGUGUCCCAAGAUCUUAUUUCUGAAGCAUGAAAUAUGAAAGUUCAUCUUGACUCCAAAGGUGCCAUUGCUUGAUCAGGAUUGCAGCCAAAGUUUUCCAACCAUGGAAGUUUUAAUUGGAGAGCAUGUUUGUAUGGAGAUCACUUGAUGAACUUCCACCGUACGUUGCUAGUCGUAAUUGAUAUUAUACUAGAAAUUUAGCAUAGGGAUGUCUAGUUAAUAUUUGUAAUAAUUGGUGAUGCAAUUGUUGCCCAAUAAUCAGAUUUUUGAUAGGCAGAUCGAAGUUACAGCAAACAAUUCCUGUAUGAAAUGAAUAGUUUUUCUUUGUAAUAAAGGGUCUGAUUCGUUUCAAUGAAGGCUAGUUUUUUGUUUUA